UAAAUCAACUGCAAUUCCUUGAAUUAACAGCACAGUAUAUGUGUUAAUGAGAAUUUGAGAGCUGUACACAUAAUCCUCUUACAAGACUACAGGUAUUAUGCUGAGCUACGUUGCAGAAUUGACCCGCGGUGCGCCCUUGUAGCUGCCCAAAAACUAGUGUCAGCAUCUCUCAAUCCAUUACGCACAGCUGGAGUGACCUCGGAUACAGAGGACUGGGAAACAAGCCUGGGAAAUAAGGUUGAUGCUGGGACAUAAUAAUACACCCAGAAAAACACAAUGCUAAAGUGUGUUCACCUCUCCCUGGGCUGUGUUAUUUUGCCAAAUGAUAGUGCCAGGACCAAACAAAGUCAAUCAUGUGUCUGACAUAAUUUGCGCUUGGACUUGACAAGCGUUCCGGCAGUGACCAUGCAUCUGCCUCAAAGAAGGAGACUCCAUCAUAGUCGCAUACUCUUCUUCCUCUCAGGUGUGUUGUUAUGCUGCAUCUACACACUAACUUUCAAGGCCAGGCUCUCAGAGCCAUGGCUCGCCCUCCAGACAGCGAAGGACGCUGGGGGAAAGGAGGACGAUGAUAGCGUUUUAAAGAUAGACACACGGGACCUUACUGUGUCUAAUGUGACUGAGGUAGAUGUUAUGUCUGAGAGUACCCAGGCACCCCUAGUAAUAACCGUCAACAGGACUGACCUCAAACACUGUAUCUAUGUGGACCACGAGCCUCCAGAGCUCACUUCAGCUCCAACUCCCACAACCCCUGCACCAACCACCAUCCCUUCGAACCCCGAAGAACCCCCUCACAGUAAGGGAGAGUAUCCAGAAGACAUCUUUUCUGUGGAACAACGUAAAGAAGGCUGGGUGGUUCUACACAUCCUAGGGAUGAUCUACAUGUUUGUUUCCCUUGCCAUCGUUUGCGAUGAGUUCUUUGUGCCUGCGCUGGGCGUCAUUACUGACAGGUUGAAGAUCUCUGACGAUGUCGCUGGGGCAACAUUUAUGGCCGCUGGUGGCUCGGCCCCUGAGCUUUUCACCUCUCUAAUAGGGGUCUUCAUCUCCCAUAGCAAUAUUGGCAUCGGCACCAUUGUUGGCUCAGCUGUCUUCAACAUCCUGUUUGUGAUUGGCAUGUGUGCCGUCUUCUCCAGGGAGAUGUUGUAUCUCACCUGGUGGCCCCUGUUCAGGGAUGUGUCCUUUUACAUUGUGGAUCUCCUAAUGCUAAUAGUCUUUUUUCUGGACAACACCAUUAUGUGGUGGGAAAGCAUGAUGCUAGUUGGUGGGUAUGUGUCCUACGUGAGCUUCAUGAAGUUCAACGUUCAGAUUGAACAUGCUGUCAAGACACAGCUCAACAAGCACAUGAGCAGCGUCAAAGCCCUGGAAGAGCCAGAGAAGGAGAGUGGACCACAACCCCCUCCGGAUCCAAAACAAAACAACCAACCGAAACCACACAACCCGCCAUCGCCACAGCCUGCAAGGGACCAUGCCAAAUUAAAGGUGAAGCCUAUUUUACAGCGAGGGGGCAGUAAUGCUUCCCUCCACAACAGCAACUUGAGGAACACCAUCUUCCAACUCAUGAUCCACACUCUGGACCCAGUGGGAGAAGAUACAGUCUUUAGAGGGGACAUUAGAGGCCCCGGCCAGAGGAGAACUAGACGAGUGAGAAAAAAAAUCAAGACUGAGGUGUUGAACCCCCAGGUCAGAGAGAAGUUAGAAUGCAAGUCCCACUGCAAAGCUGAAGCCCUGUCGGGUUGUGUCUACUUUUUCUGUCCUCGUUCAGGUAUAGACAAGAAGCCUGAUCAGGCCAACUCUGUCAGUGUGCAGGUGAGCCCCGUGGCCGAGCCCUCCACAUCUGAGCCCGCCAAGAUGGAAGAGAAGGAGAAAACAGAGCAGCCAGAGAAAACAGAGCAGCCAGACAAACAACCAAAUGAGAUACUCUCUGAGGUUGCAGCAGUCUGCCCAGGUGAGGAUGAAGACCUGGGGGGCAGCGAUGAAGAUGAGAGCAGUGAUGAUGAUGAAGAUGAUGACGAUGACGAUGACGACAGUGGGGAUCAAGAUGAUGAAGAGGCGGGGGAGGAGCAAGAAGAGGAAGAAGAGGUUGAAGAACCACUGUCAUUAGAAUGGCCAGAAACUAGGCGCAAACAGAUCACCUAUCUCCUGCUGCUGCCCAUUGUGUUCCCUUUGUGGCUCACUGUGCCUGAUGUUCGCAAUCCAGGAUCGAGAAAGUACUUUGCUAUGACGUUCAUCGGCUCUAUCAUGUGGAUUGCAAUAUUUUCCUAUCUAAUGGUGUGGUGGGCUCAUCAGGUGGGUGAGACUAUAGGCAUCUCAGAAGAGAUCAUGGGCCUGACCAUCCUGGCGGCAGGCACCUCCAUUCCGGACCUCAUCACCAGCGUGAUCGUGGCUCGUAAAGGCCUGGGAGACAUGGCUGUGUCCAGCUCGGUCGGCAGCAACAUCUUUGACAUCACUAUGGGCCUUCCAGUCCCCUGGCUCAUGUUCUCCAUGUUACAUGGCGGUGUGCCUGUGGCGGUCAACUCCAACGGCCUCUUCUGCGCCAUCGUGCUGCUGUUCCUCAUGCUGCUCUUCGUGAUCAUCUCCAUCGCAGCCUGCCACUGGAAGAUGAGCCGUGCGCUGGGCUUCACCAUGUUCCUGCUCUACUUUGUGUUCCUGAUCCUCAGCGUCAUGCUCGAGGACCGCCUCAUCAUCUGCCCCAUUUCCAUUUGAACACAGGCAGGGGACUGCAGAGGGUCAGAGAGCACAGCUUCUAAAUGAAAGAAGUACGGUCUAACGCUCACUGUUAAAAGUGAUGUAUGAUGGCUUACAGGUUUAACCAAUUGGUUUGGUACAUUAGGUCAAACAAAGUUUAAAGCUUUUAAAACAGUUAACACAGACUUACACAUUUUUUCAUCAAUGGAACAAUACAGUAUUGUCAGCUCUAUUUUAACAGCUGUACAAAGCGCUUUUGUUUGAGUAAUUGUUUGCCCCUUUUUUUAAAUAUUCCACUCCACAAGAUGUCCUCAUUAUGUAUUUUCUUGUAUGCAAAACUAUUUUCAUUACUGUUCUGGAGGUGUAACCUCAUAUCUGGCCUGUUCAUCACAUAUUGUUGAAUUUACCAUACACUAUAGGCACAAACUGUAGAGUAUCAAAUACACUUGCAGUUUAUUUUUUACUUUGAUGAGCAAAGCUUGUGUGAAAUCUGAAUUAAGUUUUGAUGUUUGUUUAAAGAGGGAACUGUUUCAAAAUGACAAUGCAUUGAAUGUCGUCAACUGAAAUUUGUCAUUAUAAUUUAAAAAGGUUAUUGAAAUAUUUCUAUGUUGAAAACUAGAUUAUAGUGCAACUUAACACUUCAUGUUGAUGGAGAAAAUGUUGUUAAAAUCCAACCUUUUUUAUAUGUAAAGGAAUGUAUCGUUGAUGUAGAAAUGUGGUAUUAUUUUGACAAGAUUAAUAUUACAGUCAAAAUGGUGAGUGUUAACAGAAUGUGGCAAAAAUGUGUGCAAGAUUAUUAUUUUUAAUAAUUAUUUAUUAAAAUAAACCAGGUCAUAGUUAACAAUUCACUUCAGAACAAAAUGUCUAUAAGGUAAAAAAAAGAAAAUAAAUCCCUAUUCACUGUGAAGUG